CAAACGGGCACGACGGGUUGGGACAGGCUCUUGCACAGAAAAGAAUACGACGGAAAUAGAAGACAGCGAGUUAUCGACAGUUUCACUUUGAAACGUCAAUGGCAGUUAGGGUUUUCUAUUGAUCACGAAGACCUUAAUCUCCCGCCUAGACUUACGUACUACUCUCUCCAUCUAUCUCCGACUGUAGUUCGAAACGUUAAGCGUUCCUUCUAAAGGGAAUUACUUCGAUUUCAAUUCCUCCGUGUCUCGGCUUCGAAUUUGUGCUGGACUGUGAUGGCCGAGCAAGACAAAUCUCCCAAAGCCAGUUCGAUGCAGGAUUUUCGAAGCGAGCAAGCUACCAAUUAGAGAGAGUUCGAUGCGGAGGUGUUUUUUACUUUUGCGGGUGAAAGUCUAUCGUCUGAAUGAUGAUGGUAAAUGGGAUGACCAAGGAACCGGGCAUGUCACUAUUGACUAUUUAGAGAGAUCAGAAGAGCUGGGUCUGCUUGUCAUUGAUGAAGUAGACAAUGAGACAUUACUUAUGCAUCGAAUUAGCCCACACGACAUCUAUAGAAAGCAAGAAGAUACAAUUAUCUCAUGGAGAGAUCCUGAAUUUUCAACUGAAUUGGCACUUAGCUUUCAAGAGACAGCUGGGUGCUCUUACAUAUGGGAUCACAUCUCUAGUUUACAAAGAAAUCUUCAAUUUAAUAAUAUUAAUAAUGAGACGUUUCAUGGCAUGAACAGUGAAUUGAAAGAGUUCCCUGCUGUUGAACUCUCAACACUUCCUUUGAUCCUUAAGAUGGUGACGGAGAGUGGGAUUGCAGAUCAGAUGCGAAUGACGGAACUUAUAGCGAAUGAUCGGGACUUUUUUCGAAUGCUGAUGGAACUAUUCAGAAUCUGUGAAGACUUGGAAAAUAUUGAUGGCCUUCAAAUGAUAUUCAAAAUUAUCAAAGGGAUCAUUUUUCUAAAUAGCUCUCAGAUCUUUGAGAAGAUAUUUGGAGACGAUUUUAUUUUGGAUAUCAUUGGGGCACUCGAGUAUGAUCCUGAAGUUUCUAGUGUCCAGCAUCAUCGAAAAUUUUUAAGUGACCAUGUCGUUUUCAAGGAGGCCAUACCAAUCAAAGAUCCACUAGUACUGUCAAAGAUUCACCAGACUUACAGAGUUGGCUAUUUGAAGGAUGUUGUUUUGGCCAGAGUAUUGGAUGAUGCCACGGUUGCGACUUUCAAUUCCAUAAUUCAUUCAAAUAAUGCCAUUGUUGUUUCUUUGUUAAAAGAUGAUAAUACCUUUAUUCAGGAGUUGUUUGCAAGGUUGAAAUCACCUACAGCAUCGGCAGAAUCAAAGAAAAACUUGGUAUAUUUCUUGUUCGAGUUUUGUAGUCUAAGUAAGAGCCUCCAGAUGGUCCAGCAGCUUCGCCUAUUUAGGGAUCUCAUGAAUGAAGGCAUCUUUGACAUCAUCACAGUUGCUUUGCAGAGUCAGGACAAGAAGCUUGUACUUACUGGGACAGAUAUCCUCAUUCUUUUCUUAAAUCAGGAUCCAGACAUCUUGCGUUCUUACGUUGUCCGGCAGGAAGGCAUACCACUUUUCGGACUCUUGGUUAAAGGAAUGAUAACAGAUUUUGGGGAAGACAUGCAUUGCCAAUUUCUUGAAAUUCUUCGAAGUUUGCUGGAUUCGUAUACUUUGUCUGGCGCGCAGAGAGAUACUAUUAUUGAGAUUUUCUAUGAAAAGCAUCUAGACCAAUUGAUUGAUGUUAUAGUGGCAUCAUGUCCUCCCAAUGGCAUUGGUCCCUCAGUCGGUAGAUCUGGAAGUUCUAGUGAAGAUGUUGAAAAUCAGGAUUAUGCCAUGCCAGAAAUUCUCUCAAAUAUCUGUGAAUUACUUUGCUUCUGCGUUCUGCACCAUCCUUUUAGAAUAAAGUGUAAUUUUCUCCUUAAUAACACAAUCGACAAAGUUCUUUUACUCACCAAAAGAAAGGAAAAGUACCUAGUAGUUUCUGCUGUACGGUUUGUUCGCGCAAUUCUGUCAUGCCACGAAGAGCAUCUUGUAAAUCAUAUGGUUAAGAAUAACCUUCUCAAACCAAUUGUGGAUGCUUUUAUCAGCAAUGGGGACUGUUAUAAUCUGCUGCAUUCAGCAGUCUUAGAGCUUUUUGAGUAUAUCCGCAAGGAAAACCUCAAAUCAUUGGUCAGAUAUAUAGUUGAUUCAUUUUGGAAUGAGUUAGUUAAAUUCGAGUAUUUGGGUUCUAUUCACUCUCUUAAAGUUAAAUAUGAGCAGGUAUUUUCCGUUGACUUUCUCUGUAUAGCUACUGCUUUACAAGUUCUCUUGGUUCUGACAAAUUCUAAAAUACAGUGUCUGGAAAAUGUUGGGGCAAAAAGUAGUGUAAAUGCAUCGAACUCUAGAAAACGAAUUGAUGAUUGUGCUCUGGAGAAACAGGAGGAAGACUACUUCAACGAGGACAGUGAUGAGGAAGACAUGGCUGCAGUACGUAACCAAAAAAUACAAGCUCAUCCGUCUUUAUCCAAUGGAGGUACUGCAUCAUUAAGUCCAAGAUCUGGUGGACUUGUUGAUUAUGAUGAUGAUGAAGAUGACGAAAACUAUAAACCUCCACCUAAGAAACAGCAGGAAAAUUCAGAAGAUGAUGAAGGAACGAUUGAGACCCUCAGGUUGAAGCGUAAAACGGCUUCUUCUACAGACAAGGAGCCUGAGUUAGUCAAGAAGCAGCGCUUGGGUAAGACUUCCAAGUCAAGAGAGAGCGUAUUUGCCGCUUUGUGUUCGACAUUGAGCCAAGCAGUAUUACCCAGUAAGAAAACUUCUAUCAUGAUACAAAUGGCUCCGAGGACAGUUGAUGGGAACAUGGGGUCCAGUGAAUCAAAUCAUCAAGAGGAGGAACCUGUGAGCUCUAGAAACUUUUCUGAUAACAGCAGCAGUUCAGAUGAGAAAAAUCACAUAGGCAAGGAACCUGCUGCUAGAAGCUGUUCCGAUUGUGCGCAUAAGACCCCAGAUAAUAGGCAGUUAGUUGGAGAGGAUUCUCCGUUGAUACCACAAAAACCUUCGCCAGAAGUGGCAGUAAAUGGAUCUAAAGGUGUUUCUUAGACUUUAGCAGGGUGACUUGUUUUGUUCUUUGUAUUGUUCAACCUGGGGACACGCUUGGUGAAAAUCAAGUUUGUGAAAGGAACAGCAUAUUGGGGAUAAUAUAUGAGCCGACAGAAUAUCAUUGAUUAUGGCACAUGGUGAUUACGGGUUGUAGCCUUCAAGCAAUCAUAGGAAGAGGGUACUCUAUUACGCAACUAACGCCGGGGGAGGAAAACUAUACUUAUAAUGUGGCCGCAGAGUAACUGUUGCCGCUUUAAAACUUCAUUACCAUUAAUUUUGUUUUGUUCAAUCUCCUUGUCUCGUUUCCUUUCUUUGGAAUCCCCCUCUACUUUUGUUUAUCCGUGUCUCGAAAAUGCCUAAAAUGUUAAAAGUGAAACCAUAUGAUAGAUAGGGCAUCAGUAUAUGUUCUUUAUAGUGCUUCUUUGUUUAGUGUUGUGGCGGGUUUGGCUGUAAUAGAGGAAAUCAAGUGGGUUGGACGCCAAUUUUUUUCAGUUGUAGAAACUCCAUUUGUAAACCCAUUGUAAAUUAGAAUCUUGCUUGCUGUUGCAACAUUUAUUAUUGGAAGCUUUCUUCGAUUGCAAAUAAAAAAAUCAUUUCCUUUGAUUCA